AUGAUAAAAGGAGAUGUUCUCUAUGCAAAUUGUCGAUGUUUUGAAGGUAAACCAGAAAGUCAUUAUGCUGAAGCUGUGAGUAUUAGGGAGGCUUUAAGUCAGACUAAAGCUGCAAUCGAUAGUAGAGAAGGAAGCAAUGAUCCUGACCUGCAGCUAUGCAGUUCAUUAUCACAAGGGCCACCACGCCCUCAACUCAGGGCGAAUGCACAGGCAUUCCUUGAUGCACAUAACAAUGCAAGGGCUAAAGUGGGCGUUCUGCCUCUCAAAUGGAGCGCCAUACUAGAAAGUAAUACAAGUCUUGUAUUUCAAAACCAAAGCGGCCUGCGAAGUUGCAGUUUUGCAAAAUUAAGUGGCACCACAUAUGGCGUGAAUCUCAUCUGGACUACUGGACCACUGGUAUCACCACAAGAGGCUGUUACAUCAUGGGUAGCUGCGAACAAGUACUACAACUUUGCACACAAUUCUUGCCUAUCAGGUCAGCAGUGUGGCGGCUACACGCAAGUUGUGUGGAACGAGUCCCUGGAAUUGGGGUGUGCACAAGGUUUAUGUGCAGAUUCUGCGUUAACCAUUUGUAUCUACAAUCCCCCUGGGAAUACCGUGGGAGAGAAACCUUACUGA